AUGCUGCUAGGGCGCCGGUCACUCGGUGUGCCGGCUGCUGCCGCCGCAGACAUGCACGGCAAGGACUGCGUCAAAGUGGCCGUCAGAGUCCGGCCGUUCAACAAGAGAGAGAGGGACGCAGGCAGCCGGUGUGUCGUCUCCAUGGUGACGAGCUCCAUCACCAUCCAGGACCCCCGUGAAUCCCAGAGCUGUCGCUCCUUCUGUUUCGACUACGCUUACUGGUCCCACAGCAGCUUCGCACGAGACCACAGCGGCCUCUACGUGCCCGAGGAACCCGGGGGGCGAUACGCCGACCAGAACAGUGUCUUCCAGGACCUGGGAGAGGGAAUACUGGAGAAUGCACUGCAGGGUUACAACGCCACGCUGUUGGCUUACGGGCAGACGGGCUCAGGGAAGAGUUAUUCCAUGGUGGGCUACGGACCCAACAAAGGCCUGGUCCCGAAACUCUGUGACCGACUGUUUCAGGCCAUCGGAGAGAACCAGGACACCAGGCAGUGUCAGGUGUUUUUCAGUAUGUUGGAGAUCUAUAACGAGCAGGUGGUUGACCUGCUGUCCCGGGGGUCUCGUACUCCAGGGGGACUCCGGGUCAGAGAGGAACAGCAAAGAGGCUUCUAUGUGGAGGGUCUUCGAACAGUCCCGUGUGACAGCGCAGCACAGGUGGAGCAGUUGAUGGAACAGGGGACCAGGACCCGAACCACCGCCGCCACUAACAUGAACGCCAACAGCAGUCGCUCGCACAUGCUCAUUAUCCUCCAGCUCAAGCAGAUCUUCUCCAAAGAGAGCAUCACAAAGCAGUCCAACAUCAACUUGGUGGACUUGGCCGGCAGCGAGCGUCAGCGGUCGUCGGGGUCGGAGGCCGACCGGCUCAAAGAGGGCACGGCCAUCAACCUGAGCCUCACCACCCUGGGCAACGUGAUCAGCUCCCUCGCCGACGUGGCGGUGGGGAAGAAGGUUGUCCACAUACCCUACAGAGACUCGGCUCUCACCAAGCUGCUGCAGUCUGCCCUGGGGGGCAACAGUCGCACUGUCAUGAUCGCCACGCUGAGCCCUGCCGAUAUCUGCUACGAGGAGUCUCUCUCAACCCUGCGCUAUGCUGAGAGGGCGAAGCGUAUCCAGAACCGAGCGGUGGUGAACGAGAGCCCCACCGAGCGGCUGGUCAAAGAGCUGAAAGCCGAGAACACCAAACUGCUGCAGCGCCUGAGCCGGCUGGGCCAAGAGGGCCGCCGAGCCAACGACGAGACCAAGGAACUUCGUCAGCUGCUGACCCACAAUGAGCUCCAGAUCAGAGCCAUUCAGACUCUGCGGGAACAACACCUGCAGGAGGCGCUGAAGGAUUGGGAGCAACAGUACGCUAACAUCACACAGGAGAGGAGGAUGAUGCAGAUGCAUCCCUACAUCCUGAACAUCAACGAGGACGCCCAGCUGUCGGGGGUGGUCAAGCUCUUCAUCCAGGAGGGGGAUUGGGACAUCGGCCUGUGUGACUCUUCCCCCAGAUCCAUCUGCAUCAGGGGCUUAGGGAUCCAGGAGCGUCAUGCUGUGUUCAGGAAUGAACAGCGCCGGGUGACCCUGACCCCGCUGACGGGGUCAAAGGUCACUGUCAAUGGCAACGCUGUCUUCCAGACAACUGACCUACAGCACCUGGACCGCCUCAUUCUGGGCUCCAACUGCACCUAUCUGUUCAUUGGCUUUCCCUCGGAAAGGGGCGGGGAUGACUGGAGUCGCUAUGACUACGACUACUUCCUGUCUGAACUGGCUGCUGCUGAGGGCAUCCACCUGGGUGAGUCGAGUGCCGGCUCGAGUCAAACGGACCCCAGCCUGCUGGCCGUCUUCUACGACUACGUCAAACUGAUGCCCAUGGUGGCGGAGGCCAACCAGAUGAGCCAGGAACUGAACAAGGGGGUUCAGUUCAAGUUGGAGAUAAAGAAUCUGGCAAUGUCUGACUCAAAAGGCCAUGACCUCCAGAAAGAGAUCGUGGUGAGAGUCACGUCUUCGGGGAGGAAACAGGUGUGGAUGUGGUCCAAGGCCAAGUUUGUGAACCGUAAAUUCCUGAUGGAAGACGCUUACCAGCAGCAUCAGGCGGCCAGCGGAGACGAGAGAGUAGAGGGGCUGCCCACGGCUGCGCUACCCAGAGAUGAAGACCCCUUCUGGGAUCCCGUGGAGCCGGUGCUGCUGGGCACCGCUCACCUCUGGCUUCAGUCUUUGGCCUUCCGCAUCCCUCUGGAAGAGCAACUUGAGGUGCUGGGGUCAGAGGGCACAGAGGAGGCCAUUCUACAAGCACAGCUGGUCCCCUGCACCUCCACCGGACUCCCGAUGGGUGAGGACGACAUUCUGAUUGACCCGUCUGAGUUACUGGGUCGACGACUGGACUUCCAGCUGGUCCUGGAUCAGUGCUGUGGCCUCCGGUGGAUCAGAGAGGCCCGCAACAGAGGGGUCCAAAUUGGGUUCAGGUUCUAUAACUGCAGCCAGCCCCUCUACUCUCCGGCUGUGUGGCACAAUGUCAACCCUCUUCUGGACCACAGGGUUCACUUUGCCUCGCUGCACACCUCCCAGCGUCUGCUGGACCACCUGCAGAGCAGCGCCGUGGUGCUGGAGCUGUGGGGCCUUCAGGAGGGUUGCACUGACCUGACAUCAUGUCUGGAGGGAGUGAGGAUGACUACAGAGGGCAUCUUCAUCAUCGAGGAGGCGGGCCCAACAGACACCGCACUCGUUGACUCCACAGAGCUCAGCUGUUCAGCGAGAGCUCUUCAGCAGGACAUGGAGGAGCUGAAGAGCGUCAACACGGCUCUGAGGAAAGAGAACCAGAGUCUGAGAGAACAGCUCAACGCAGCUCGCAACGGUGAAUGA